UUCUGCAUCGGGAGGUGGCCUAUUGUUCAGAUGACACUGGGCACAUGGGUUGCGAUUCUGAUGGCGCGAAACAUUUGUUUUCCAAACGUUGUGAUCACGAUGAAGCAAGUUUUGUAGGAUAAUGCGGAAGAUUUUUCUCCGCACGUGCCAUAAGAUCGUGAAGAAACUCUUUUAUAAAUUUGUUGAAUACGGAAUACUUACGCGAUUUAAUUAACAAAACGCCUAGAGUAAAACGAAAUUCGUGAGCGUGUCAAGAUGUACGGAAUGCUACUGGAAAGUGUGCAAUAUUUCGUGCAGUUAGAAUUUGGCGAAGAAGUAUGGCUUCACAUUCUGGAAAAAGCUGAUUGUAAACACAUGGUUUUUAAUACAAGACAGAUAUACUCGGAUGAACUAAUGACCAAUUUGGCCGCGGCUCUUGCCACGUAUACUGGUGAUUCUAUGGAUAACAUUAUGCAAUUUUUUGGAAAGUGCUUUGUUAGAUUUUUCAGUAAUUUAGGAUACGAUUGCACUGUAAAAGCAACUGGUCGUUACUUUUGCGAUUUUUUACAAAGCGUUGACAAUAUUCACAUGCAAAUGAGGUUUACAUAUCCAAAAAUGAAGAGUCCUUCUAUGUAUACAACACAUGUCGAUCCGCAGGGAGUUGUUCUGGUUUAUAGAAGUACUCGACAAGGCUUUACGCAUUAUCUUAUGGGACAAUUAUUUCAGAUAGCAAAAGACUUAUACAAUACAGAAUUAAGUAUUAGAGUUUUAGAAACUUCAAACAAUAUUCCAGGAUCUCGAAGCGUAAUGGUUAAGUUCCGUAUUGAUUUCGAUAACCAUCAAUAUAUCACGAAGAACAACAGAAUAAAAGCUACAUUAAACCGUGAAUUGUCGCCUGUUUCCUGCACGUUUCUCUUACGCCUUUUUCCAUUCGGCGUCGUAAUGAAUAAGGAUAUAAGAAUUUUAGGAGCAGGUGAUAAACUGCUCCAAGCCUGGGGUGGUACUACGUCCAUUUUAAAUAAGCAUGUUACAGAAAUAUUUAAAUUAAGAAGACCCAAGGGAAUUUCGUUUACAUGGGGAAACAUAAUGUACUUACAUUCAGUGAUGUUCGAAUUAGAACUCAUUAGAGCGAAUGAUCAUCACUCCUCAAUAAAUUCAGACAGUACACCGAGCACAAGUAGUGGUUUAGAUAGGCGUGGAAGUCAAGGUGCGAGAAGUAUCUUGUUGAAGGGCCAAAUGAGAUACAUCGAGGAUAUUAAAGCGAUUAUAUUUCUCUGUAGUCCUUUAAUUAACAAUUUAGACGAACUUCUUAAUAUGAGUUUAUAUUUAAACGAUCUGAAUCCUCACGGUAUGAGCAAAGAACUGGUAUUAGCAGGAUGGCAACAUUGUGGAAGAUUGGAAAUGAUGUUUGAGAGGGCAGAACAAAGAUCAACCGAACUAGAGAAUAGCUAUGUGCUACUGGAUCGAUGGAAAAAUAAGAGCGACGAGCUUUUAUAUUCUAUGAUUCCGCAAACGGUGGCAGACCGAUUACGAGCCGGAGCAAGUCCGUUGAGCACUUGUGAAUCAUUUGAAUCAAUAACAGUCCUUUUCUGCGAAUUAUGCGACUUCGAUUAUUCAACCAUCGAGGGAGCAAUGGAUAUUGUCUUAUCUAUGAAUGCUGUUUUUUCCUGUUUCGAUACGCUAAUGGAUCAAUUUAAUGUUUACAAAGUGGAGACCGUUGGUCGUGUGUACAUGGCAGCUAGCGGGGCACCGGAUAGAAACGAAAACCAUGCACAAAAUAUCGCUGACGUUUCUCUACAACUUAUCGAGCAUGUUCGAUCUCUCGAAUUACCCUCUGGAUUGGACAUACGAAUCCGCAUAGGAAUUCAUUCCGGGCCAGCGGUGGCCGGUGUGGUUGGCAUCAAGUUGCCGAGAUAUUGUUUCUUUGGGGAUACUGUUAAUACAGCUUCCAGAAUGCAGACCACCAGUCUGCCGGGAAAGGUGCACAUUUCUUCUAGUACCAAAGCUUUGUUACCUAAAGAUCGUUAUCGCACCGAAUCACGUGGCGUUGUAUGGGUAAAGGCAUUGCAGGAUAAUAGACGGAAUUUUCCUGCCUCAAACGCUCAAGUGCACUACAAUAUCACGAAUGCAGAGAUUGCUGAUCGUCCGGCAAUAGAUGAAGUAUCGUAUAUAGAUUUCGAUCCUGCACCCACAUCCUCUUCCAAAAAGCCGAACGUCUGCAAAGACUGCACCUGCGGGCUUGGAAGAAAGAGACGGAUUGUUGGCGGCAACGUGACAAGUAUUUACGACUAUCCCUGGCUUGUUAGUAUGACUAAGAAAGGAACCUUUUACUGUGCCGGAAGUGUAAUAUCACGUAAGCAUAUUUUGACAGCAGCGCAUUGUUUGCAAGGAUUUGAUAUUAAAACUAUCAAACUUGUCUUAGUGGAUAGCGAACGUCCUUCGAUAAGCAGCAACGCUAUAGUUCGACAUAUUAAAUCGGCAACCAUUCACGAAAACUAUCGUGCUUCUGCUUCUUUUAAUAAUGAUAUUGCUAUCAUAGAAAUGGAUCAGCCUGUAUCUAUAAAUGAUGUCGUGCGAACAGCAUGUUUACCUGAAGACAGAACUAUCGAUUAUACGGGAGCGAUUGCCACUGUAGUUGGAUGGGGUCGAACGGGGGAAAACAAACCAGUAAGUAACGACCUGCGAAAAGUCAAUUUACCGAUCUUGUCAAAAGAGGAAUGCGAUCAAGCCGGAUAUGCGAAAAACCGCAUCACCGAAAAUAUGUUCUGUUCUGGUUACCUCGAUGGAGAACGCGACGCCUGUUUUGGAGAUAGCGGAGGACCAUUACAUGUCAAAGGAGUUUAUGGACAACUUGAAGUAAUAGGCAUCGUUUCAUGGGGUCGUGGUUGUGCAAGGCCAAAUUUUCCUGGAAUAUACACCAAGUUAACAAACUAUAUUGAAUGGCUUAAAGAUAACUUAGGUGAUGAGUGCAUUUGUCCACCACUGCAUCAAGAACAAAACUAACACUUGGUAUAACAUAUUAUAAUUAUCAUAGAAGAAAAGUAAAUGUCAAAUUAGCAUUACGCUAUUUUUAUUUGAGUAUUAUAAACCUAUGAGGAAAAUAUUUUCAUCUUUCUAAGUUAAUAUUUGUGUGAUAAUUGGCUAUUAAUAUAUAAUAUACUUUUUAUAUUUCAAAUUAGUUUGAUAUUUAACGCGCGCGAGAUUCAUAUUAUAUACUGCAAACGUAUAUAAAGAUUAUAUCUAGUUAUUUUAUUAUAGAAUUAUAUAUAUAUUGUAAAAAUCUGCGUUAUAUUAAUGUAUAAUAUAUAUUUAUUUAUAUAUAAUAUUACAUAUAUCUAGUCCAGAAAAAUUGUAUAUAAUAAAAUAUUUAUAUUAUAUAUUGCGAUAUUAUAUAUUGUAAUACAAAUGUCUUGUUAAAUAACAAGAGAUGUAUAAUAACAAAAAGCAUAAAUAGUUCUUAUUUACUCAAUAUAUUGUAUAUAAAGUUGUCAGAAUUAUAAAUAAUUUAUUAUCAAAUGUGUUCUCUACUGU